GCGGCCCAGGGCCGGAGGACUGGCUCGGCGGGGCGCGGGCGGCGACGAUCGCCGGGGCUGCGUGGCCGCCGUUCACCGGUGAAGAUCGCCUGCGGAAGCGUGCGGUCGCCUUUAGGAAUUUUCCGCGCCCCGCCGUGGUCGAGGCAGGUCUGUCACGAGCUAAGGCCCCUUCCUCCCACCGGCGCUUCCUCGGCUUGGGGGAGAAGCGCGCUCUUUUGGGAACACCGCCUUCCGUAGUUGGCCUUAGACCGGUCACUUGGUUUGUAACCAUGAAUAUGGUUUCUAGUUUUAGGGUUUCUGAGUUACAAGUGUUACUAGGCUUUGCUGGACGGAAUAAAAGUGGGCGCAAACAUGACCUCCUGAUGAGGGCGUUGCAUUUAUUGAAGAGUGGCUGCAGCCCUGCGGUUCAGAUUAAAAUUCGAGAAUUAUAUAGACGCCGAUACCCACGGACACUUGAAGGACUUUCUGAUUUAUCCACAAUCAAAUCAUCAGUUUUCAGUUUGGAUGGUAGUUCAUCACCAGUAGAACCUGACUUGGCUGUGGCUGGAAUCCACUCGUUGCCUUCUACUUCAAUUACACCUCAUUCCCCAUCAUCUCCUGUUGGUUCUGUGCUGCUUCAGGACACUAAGCCCACAUUUGAGAUGCAGCAGCCGUCUCCUCCCAUUCCUCCUGUCCAUCCUGACGUGCAGUUAAAAAACCUGCCUUUUUAUGAUGUCCUUGAUGUUCUCAUCAAGCCCACAAGUUUAGUUCAAAGCAGUAUUCAACGGUUUCAAGAGAAGUUUUUUAUUUUUGCUUUGACACCUCAGCAAGUUAGAGAGAUAUGCAUAUCAAGGGAUUUUUUGCCAGGUGGCAGGAGAGAUUAUACAGUCCAAGUUCAGCUUCGACUUUGCUUGGCAGAGACCAGUUGCCCUCAAGAAGAUAACUAUCCCAAUAGUUUGUGUAUAAAAGUAAAUGGGAAACUCUUCCCUUUGCCUGGCUAUGCACCACCACCUAAAAAUGGGAUUGAACAGAAGCGCCCUGGACGUCCCUUGAAUAUUACAUCUUUAGUUAGAUUGUCUUCAGCUGUGCCAAAUCAGAUUUCUAUUUCUUGGGCAUCAGAAAUUGGAAAGAAUUACUCCAUGUCUGUAUAUCUUGUACGACAGCUCACAUCAGCCAUGUUAUUACAGAGAUUAAAAAUGAAAGGUAUUAGGAAUCCUGAUCAUUCCAGAGCGCUAAUUAAAGAAAAACUUACUGCAGAUCCUGAUAGUGAAAUUGCUACAACUAGUCUUCGAGUGUCCUUGAUGUGUCCUUUAGGAAAAAUGAGGCUGACAAUCCCAUGCCGUGCAGUGACUUGUACACAUCUGCAGUGUUUUGAUGCUGCCCUUUAUCUGCAAAUGAAUGAGAAGAAGCCUACCUGGAUUUGUCCUGUUUGUGACAAAAAGGCUGCCUAUGAAAGUCUAAUCUUAGAUGGGCUUUUCAUGGAAAUUCUCAGUGACUGUUCUGAUGUAGAUGAGAUCAAGUUCCAAGAAGAUGGUUCUUGGUGUCCAAUGAGACCCAAGAAAGAAGCUAUGAAAGUAACCAGCCAGCCUUGUACAAAAAUCGAAAGUACAAGUGUCUUUAGUAAACCUUGUUCAAUGACUAUAUCCAGUGAUGCAAACAAGAAGAAGAUAGAUGUUAUUGAUCUAACAAUAGAGAGCUCUUCUGAUGAAGAAGACGACCCUCCUGCCAAAAGGAAAUGCAUCUUUAUGUCAGAAACACAAAGCAGUCCAACCAAAGGGGUUCUCAUGUAUCAGCCAUCCUCUGUAAGGGUGCCCAGUGUGACUUCGGUUGAUCCUGCUGCUAUUCCACCUUCAUUAACAGACUACUCAGUACCGUUCCACCAUACGCCAGUGUCGUCAGAUUUGCCAGGUUUGGAUUUUCUUUCCCUUAUUCCAGUUGAUCCACAGCAGUACUGUCCUCCUAUGUUUUUGGAUAGUCUCACCUCACCCUUAACAACAAGCAGUACGUCCGUCACCACCACCAGCCCCCAUGAAAGCAGUACUCAUGUUAGUUCAUCCAGCAGCAGGAGUGACACAGGGGUCAUAACCAGCAGUGGAAGUAACAUUCCUGACAUCAUCUCACUGGACUAAAAGCGGCCAUACUUGAUUCUGGGAAUCAUUCAUCAGAACUACUCUUGGAUAUCUAGUCCAUGGAAGCUAUUUUUUUGCAAUUUAAUAUUUAUUGAAAUGUCAGAUGGAUUCUUUGCUUUCUGAGAAAUGAACACAGAUGACUCCUGCAAGAACCAGAUGGCAAGCAAGGACUUUUCUUAUGCCCUACACUGAGCAUCAGAUUUAUUUCAUCUAUGAUGGUGUCUUCUUGAGCAAUGGAUUUCAGUUCCUACAUUACUGGAUGGAUUCUACAAACAAUUUUUUUGUUACAAUAAACAGCAAUAAAGUUAUGUAAAUACUUAAACUUUUCUAAUUAAAAGGAAAUGUAAUCACUGAUCUAUAAUAACAGCCACUUCUGUUUAAUCCAGAAUGAAGGGAAGAAAUCAUGUUUGCUGAAUGAAUACUUUCUAUAGAGUUGUGUUCUAUUUUGUUGAAGUAAUGAAGCUUCAGUAACUAGCCAGAACUUGGUUCCACUUUCCUUCUUUCAGUUCACCCCUCUUCAUGAUAGCAUCAAAGAAAAUGGUCUUUGUGUUCUGUGUUUUUCUCUUGUCAUUUAUACUUUGACAUUAUAUGCUGGUAUAUGCAGAGUUAAGUGCUGGGGUUUGGUUGCUCUUUAUAGUUACUAUGUUUAAGAACACUAGGCAGAUUUUAUCCUAUGAUAUAAUAUGGUUUUUUUUGGUUACUAUACAUUCUUAUUCUAGAAUUUUUACAAUCUUGAGACUUUUUUUUUUUUAGAAAGAAAAAGUAUACAGUGUUUGGAUGGAAUGUGCUCAAGUUAAGACUGGAAUAGCUGGUAGAAUUUUCUUUAUAAUGUUCAGAAAUAUUUAAUACUUGGGAGGAACCAGAACAUAUUUAGAAGUGGAAAUAACUAAGUUCUUCCUAUGAAUUUAAUUUGUUUCAUAUAUUUUAUAUACUAAUACAGAAUACUUUGUUGGUUGAAACUUUUCACAUUUUAAUGUCACAGAUAUAGAAAUUAUAUUUAAAGUCUUUGAUCAUAAUUCCUCAAAUGUAAUUUCAGUUUCAGCAGUGAUAUUUUUUUCAAGUUUAAAGAAAAGUCAAUGGAGGGUCAUACCAGAUCUCAUUUUCCUAUUUUUUUUCUUAAAUGAAGUCUUUUGUGAAAACACAGACACAGAAAUUAGGGAUGUUUGAGUUGAAGUGAAGGAAAGGGGCCCAAAAUUCCACUUAAUGCUGCCUUUAAAACACACCUCUCAUGUGACUGUUCUGGGUGAACUUUGGAAAGUACUGUGCCUCCAAUGUGUUUGAGUCACUCAGAAAACUGGGUUUCACUGUAGAAGCUUUCAGCAUUCCUGGUUUCCACUCGCGUCAUUUGGGUUUCUUAAUUUUCAGUUCUCAAAGAUGUAGUACUUUCUCUACCUAUGCUAUGUCCAACUUAACACAUAGGUUUUUUAGUGACUACUCUUAAUUUUUCAAAUAAGUUCCUGCAUAAGGACUCUGCUUCCACUCAUGACAGGGACUUAUUACUUUAGAAUUGGUACAGUUCUAAAGAGCUGGCUUAUCCCUGUUUGGUGUUUUAUCUUUCAAGUUUUUGUGGCCUUUGUGUACUUUUUGUACAAAAUGCUUGUGUAGUUCUCCAUAUUGCUUCUUACUUGCCUCCAGCACCCUAUGUUCUUUCCUUUGAUAAGACUUUUGUUUCAUCAAAGAUAAGGAAAGCUAAAACAGCUCCUGUGAUCACAGUAGGCAAUGGUACUUUGGCCUUAUGGCCCCUGGCUUUUACUUUCUUAGCCAGUCCAGAUAGAGAAUUUCUUCUUGUAGGACUUUAUGUUGCUACUGUAAGUACAGAUGCAGUUUCUGUUACCUCUGUAAUCAGAAAUAGUAGCCUGGCUUCUGUAGUAUAAUUUGUUAAUAAAGAAAUGAUGCAGA